CUGACCAGUUUUACGGCUGCUUUUUGAAAAGAAAAAAAUAGAAUUAUGAGAAAUGAGAAGGAGAAGAAAGAAGAGACAAGCCUUUCCUCCUUCCUUUUUUGACUUUCUUUCGAGUGAAUUAAUUUUGCUGUGUAUAACAAUAUGAGUUUGAGAAUAGAGAGUUGAGAGUAGAGGAGAGGAGAGAGAAGAGAAGGAGGAGGAGAGGAGGAGGGGUGUUGGUUGAUUGAGAUUCAUUCUGAGUCUGAGUGAGAAUGAAGCAGCAGCAGAAAGUAAGUGUAUGUUGUUGUUUGGGUUUGUUGGUGGUGGCAUUGGCGGCUGCCUUGAAGGAGAAGGAGAAAGAGCAAGUGUUGUGGUCUAAGUCUUGGUUAGACUUAGCGGACAAAGAUGCGGCGGACUCAGCCUCCUCAGCCUUACCCGCACAGACACAGACGCAGCCUCCUCUCAAUCUCAUGGUUCCCCUCACUCUCAUCAACUCUGCUGCUUCUAAAGGAGCUGUCUGCUUGGAUGGCACAUUGCCCGGUUACCAUCUUCAUCCUGGCUAUGGAUCGGGUGCAAACAGCUGGCUCAUUCAGUUGGAGGGAGGUGGGUGGUGUAACUCAAUCAGAAAUUGUGUUUAUCGCAAAACUACUCGCCGCGGUUCAUCCAAGUUCAUGGAAAAGCAAUUACCAUUCACAGGAAUAUUGAGCAAUAAAGCUGAAGAAAACCCUGAUUUCUUCAACUGGAACAGGGUCAAGCUACGUUACUGUGAUGGGGCUUCUUUUAGUGGAGACAGUCAGAAUGAGGCUGCCCAACUUCAUUUUCGAGGGCAACGGAUAUGGUUAGCCGCUAUGGAAGAGUUAAUGUCCAAAGGAAUGCAGAAAGCUGACCAGGCUCUUCUUUCUGGAUGUUCUGCUGGGGGUCUGGCAUCCAUACUACACUGUGAUGAGUUCCAAGACUUGUUUCCCGAAACUACCAGAGUGAAAUGUCUAAGUGAUGCUGGAAUGUUCCUUGAUGCAAUUGAUGUAUCUGGUGGCCACACUCUAAAGAAUUUGUUUGCUGGUGUGGUUAGCUUGCAGGAAGUGCAAAAAAAUCUUCCAAAGACUUGUAUCGACCACCUAGACCCAACUUCGUGCUUCUUUCCUCAAAAUUUGGUUGCAAAUGUUAAGACUCCCAUGUUUCUUCUCAAUGCAGCCUAUGAUGCAUGGCAGGUUCAAGCUAGUUUAGCCCCUACAUCUGCCGAUCCUCGUGGCUUAUGGAGUGCAUGCAAAUCAAACCAUGCACUUUGUAAUUCAUCCCAGAUCCAGUUUUUCCAAGACUUCAGGAAUCAAAUGCUCAAUGCUGUUAGAGAUUUCUCAAUGUCCACUAAAAAUGGUUUAUUCAUAAAUUCCUGCUUUGCUCACUGCCAAUCUGAGAGACAAGAUACAUGGUUUGCUGAUGAUUCUCCUGUUCUUGGAAACAGGGCAAUUGCAUUGUCUGUUGGAGACUGGUACUUUGAUCGACUGCCAGUUAAAGCUAUUGACUGUGCAUACCCCUGUGAUAACACCUGCCACAAUCUAAUGUUCAACGAAGAUUUAUCUUCCAGUUCCAUGACAUAUUCUCAAUCCACAAGGCUGUCUUUUACUGUGCUAAAUCUGCUAAGUGCCUUGAUGGUGCCCAUAAUAUGUUCCAGAUGCAUCAUGCGGUUUCAUUCUGUCAAGUGAGAACAGAUGGUAUCUCUGUCUCUUUGUGCAGAGAUUUUGGAAUUUUUUGCCUUCUAUUUGCUUUUCAUAUCGUGGAUAGGGUUUAAUUUACUAGUUCACUGGUAUAAAUCCUCCAGCAUGUAUGUUAGGCCUGACUACGGCCAUUAACGGUAAACACAGAUUACUUAUGAGUUUUGAGAGAAAGAGUGGGGCUAAAAACAGUGCCUUGGUUUAGUGUCAUGCCCCGACAGGGUUUCAUCCAAGUAAAGUAUGACAUUCUUUCUUCCUUUGUCUCGCUUUAGUAUCUUGUUAGAGAGCUUCCGAUCAAUUUGGGCAGUCCAUAUGGGACAACAUAGGACUAAGUAGAAUACAGAAAACUUUUGAGAUAUGUGUUGUAACUAAUACAAUGUCAAUAAAAAGGUUUUGAUAUAUGUUUUAUAACUAAUACAAUAUCAACCCCAAUACUAUUAUACUCAAACAAACCAAUAUCCAAUGGGGAAGCAUCUCACAAACUUGAAAUACGAAAUGGAAACUUCAAAAUCUUUACACAUAAUCAACAUAAUGAAGUGUGAUUGUAAGUCUAUCAUCAUGAAAAAAAUAAUCGGUUAUGUUAUAUUUACAAUGUUGAGAAGCUGCGGAGGUACGGGUGAAAUAUAGUCUAACUCAAUAGAGAUAAUGGAUCGUCAACCAGAUAUACGAACUCUCCUAGGGAAAAAGUAAAUGGCAAAAUCUAC